GAUCCAGCGGUUCACAACUAUUUCAACACUCCCUAUAGUAGUAUUUCAGUCCCGAAACGUCCCUCUCGUAAAACCCCACCCCAUUUCUAGGGUUUAAAGCAUCUCCCCAUAGAGUCAGAGAGAAGAAGAAGUCGAUCGUAUCAGAACUCACCGGAAAGCAAUGGCACUGUUUAGUAAAGUUGGGAAUAUACUGAAGCAGACUGUGAGCAAGAACAUCAAUACUGAACUUUGUGGAUCCAAUUCUUCUAUCUUCCAAAUGAUACGAUGCAUGUCAUCUUCGAAGCUCUUUAUUGGAGGAGUCUCAUAUGCCACAGAUGACACAAGUUUGAGAGAAGCUUUUGAGAAGUAUGGAGAAGUUGUUGAAGCAAGAAUAAUUAUGGAUCGUGAAACUGGUAGGUCCAGAGGGUUUGGCUUUGUUACAUACAGUAGUGGUGAGGAGGCUUCUGCUGCUCUCCAGGCCUUGGAUGGACAGGAACUUCAUGGCCGAAGGGUGAGGGUGAACUUUGCAAACGAUAGAGCACCAAGAGUUGGCGGUGGUGGCGGCUAUGGCGGCGGCGGCUAUGGUGGAGGAGGUGGUUAUGGUGGCGGUGGUGGUAACUAUGGAGGCGGGUACGGUGGGGGUGGGUAUGGUGGCAACAACUAUCCAAGUGGAGGUGGAGGUGGUGGUGGUUAUGGAGGAGGCAACUUUGCGCAAGGUGGCACUUAUGGAAGUGGAACUGGUUCAGACAGUUUGAGCCCUGGUAAUUAUGGAGGUGGCAGCAACCAGGGUUUUGGUGUUGAUGGAGGUGCUGGCGGCAGUGAUAACUUUGUUAGUGGUGAUGGUGGAAAUACAGGAUUGGGGGUUGGUGGGGAUCAUUUUGGUAGCACUGAAAACAGCAACAUUGCUGAUGCUUCUGGGGGUUUUGACGCCCAAGAAGAUUCCAUUGAGGGAAACUACAAGGAGGAUGAUGAUGAUGCUGAGCCUGAUGAUUAUGCCAACAGAAGGGCCUAAAGACUACUUGGGAAAACUUGCAAAUGGCAAGAAUACACAGUCAGUGAAUACUUGGAACUUCCAUGUUUCUUGUUUACUGGCUUAGCGCUCUCUCUCUCUCUCUCUCUCUCUCUCUCUCUCUGAACUACAUUUGUUAAUGCUGGAUUCAACUUUGUAAACUUGAGUUUGCUGCAAUUUUCGGUUGUAAGAUUCUGUAUUGACAAGUGGUGGUAGAAUAUUGUGGUUCAGGUAUACAAUUUUUUU